AGUGGAGUGAAGGACGACUUAAAAAUACAUGCACAGAGAUUGGGCGAAUUAGCGGCGAGUACACGAUUUUUUCGAGUAAAUAAACUUUCGCGAUUUCCGGUUGAAAAAACAAUUAACACGUGGGUGCGAACGUUGAUAACAUUUCCGUGAAAUCGCAGUCAAUGCAAUCGAUACAUCCUGUUUGAGGAGAUGAGCGAAAUUUAUUUCGGCGCCGAUCAGAUAAGCUUGAAAAAAUGGGAAAAUCAGAAGUCGUACCAAUGCCAAUUCAUAAACAAGACAGCUUGUACGCGGGCUGUAAAGGUGCCGCCUUUUCGCUCGUUGAUCCAGUGGAAGAAGAUGAAGAGUAUCUAGAGAUCCCUGCCGAUAUGCAAUUGUUCGAAAAUCAAGUGGCGGGUCAUAUGAUCAAGGGAAAACAAUACGGUAUGAUUAAGCACAAGGGCACUGUACUUAAACCCAUCACCAAGCCGAAGUGUGGCCAACGCGAGGUCGAGUUUUACGAAGAAGUUAGCAAAGCCAGCGAUGAGACAAGAAGGGAGUUGAAGGAUUUUGUCCCCAAGUACUUCGGGACGGUUAAAGUGCCCAUCAAGGGCACGGAAAUCGACUGCAUAGUGCUUGAAGAUCUGACGAAACAUUACAAAGAGCCCUGCGUCAUGGACAUCAAGAUCGGGAGAAGGACGUGGGACCCCACAGCCACUUAUGAGAAAAUCGUCAAUGAAGAGGCAAAGUAUCAAGACUCGAAGCGCGACCUCGCCUUCUGCAUCCCAGGUUUUCAAGUCUAUCAAAUUUACAACAACCAGUUGGCCAAGUUUGACAAGAAUUACGGAAAAACUCUUAAUAAAGACACCGUUCCGUUAGCUUUGAAGACUUUCCUCAACGCCGAGACGUCCCCGCCUUGUCGCAGCCUAAUAGUCCAAUUCUUGGCAAGUUUAUGGCGAAUUCAAAUGUGGGCCCGCAAACAGCGCACUUACCACUUCUAUUCCUCGUCUCUUCUCCUUGUUUACGACGCUCGGAGACUCCGCGAGUUGCGCAAAACUGACCCCAAACCAAUUCUAAAAUUACAACGAUCUACUAGCCUUUACCGGCCUUUAAGCCUCGCUGUUCUCAACAACGAGAAGAUUUCAACUGGAUUUAGCGGUCAGUUGACCAAAGAAGGCCCCAUUUUGCGAACACCUACCUCUCCAACUAAAUUGAAGCAAUUCGACGAUUACGUUGCGAAGAAUAGGAGUAAUAAUGUGUGGCAGAAAUCGAUCAGGACGCUGAAACGGACCCACUCCUUCCAAAACGAUUACGAUAAGGAUAUGCAGAGUAAAAGACAGGAUUAUACUUAUAUUUUGGACGAGUUGUGCACCGAGCAGAAGUCGGAGCUUUGGGCUACGGUGAAGAUGAUUGAUUUUGCUCAUGCCUUCCCGGCCGAGAAAUACCAGAUUGAUAACAACUAUCUGGAAGGGAUUAAUAAUUUGAUAAGGCUGUUUGAGGAGCUUUUGGUCGAGAGUGAAUGAUGGGGGAACUACCGGCUACAUCACUUGUGUGAUAUUUUUUGAUGGUGAUGCUCUGAUACUUAAAUUUUGUAUUAAAUCAAUAAAUUUUGCUACUAAAGGG